UUGCGUUUCGAUUGGCCAAUUGCUGGGCUCGUCAGCGCGUUAGAGAAGGACGAGAUACGUUCCAAAUCAGUGUGCAGUGCGUGUGUUGCACAGCACAUCAGCUGUAUUUGUAUCCCUGGAGAAACAGUGGUUACAGAGGUGUCAUUUGUAUCAAUUAGCCGCCGAUACGCAACACUGCGGAAUAGCAUAAUAAUAAUAAUAAUAAUAAUAAUAAUAAUAAUAAUAAUAAUAAUAUAACAUGCGGACGAGGUGCUGAAAUAAAAGCUGUCGACGUGAAUUAAACUCAAGAAGGGUCUGCAAAUUAUAUCACUGGCUGUAUCGUCAAGCCACUGCUGCUUAGUUCCGACCUCUCCUUCUCCAGGUGUACACAGAGUCCAGCGUCGAGCCAGUUUAGACUGAGAGGAUGGAUUUCAAACAGCUAGUUGAUAUUGGAGAGAAGUGGUGCUCCGGUACCCCCUUCGAUCUGAUUGCUGCAGAGGAGAACGACGAAAGACGGCUGGAUUUCUAUGCAGAACCCGGACUUUCGUUCUACGUCUUGUGCCCUGAUCUGAGUAAUGGUGCAGAUAAUUUUCACGUGUGGAGUGAGAGUGAGGACUGCCUGCCGUUUCUGCAGCUGGCUCAGGACUACAUCUCCUCCUGCGGCAAGAAGACCCUCCUUGAGAUACUGGACAAGGUCUUCAAGUCCUUUAGGCCUCUGCUCGGGCUUCCAGAUGUAGAUGACGAUGCAUUUGAGGAUUACCAAGCUGACAUGGAGGAGGAGGAACCAGAGGCGGACCACCAACAGACGGGCGUCAGCCAGCAGUAGCACAGCUGAGCCGAGGGGAGGGGGAGAGGUGGGGGAGAAGAAUACCCUGUGAAGCUGUUCCUAGACCCACUGACUCGAACACACCUCUGUAGGGAUUCGGUGGAGGAGACUUGGGAGAAUUCCACACACCCUUUCCUUUAAAUGUUCAACAGUAAUGUUUUCCAAGUAGUAUGGUAUCAAUAAGCUUAAUUUUCCAGGAAUCCUGAAAGUUUUAGUUGUGCAUAUGUAUUAUCAGAGUAGCAAUUUGGCACAUUUCUACUGAAACUGGCUUUGGUUCACAUUAAAACCUGGUCUGCCCAAAUGUUUGGCAGCACUGUAAUGUGUAUGUUCCCUGAAGACCAUUCUGAGCAAAUUUGUAGGAUGGUUACAAUGUGGAUGUUCAUGGAGUGUUGUACAUGAGAUGGCUAUUUUGCAGCCAUCCUGGCGAGUGGAAAAAAUACAGCACUCUGUGAACUUUCAUGGAGUAUUCUGUUUAUUUUCUGUUACAAUAUAUAGAAAAGAAAGUGUUUAAACCUACAUUAAACGGGUUAAUUGUGAGAAUAAUUGUGCUUAGAUGAAACUCAGCAAUGCAGCAUUGGAGUGCUGUGAUUCGUCCAGUUAUUCUGCCAUUUGAUUUGUUUUAAUGCAAGAUGGAUUCCAAAAUGUUCACUCCAGCGUUGAAAAGUACAUUAUUCAAAACUAGAACACUGUUGACAGCAGCAACAACAAACAAAGAGAAGGUUUUGCACAACUUAAAAAAAAAAAAAAAAAAAUCAGGAAAAGUUGUAUAUCAAUUUCAUAGAAAUCAUCUGCUCUGUAAUUAUUUUAAAAUGUCUUAAGAAGUUUUUCGUUUUGAAUAAACAUCAUGCAAAUUUGCUCAGGACAUCAGACAAAUUAAGAUAUUGUUGUCAAAAAGCUUCAUUACAGCCUAUUUGUAAAAAGGAUGUGUUUGCCACUGGUUUAUAGGGUAAUUUAAAUGUAAUAGUGACCUUCUAACUCUGCUGAAGUUUUUAUCUUGUUUACAGGUGCACUGUCAACCAGCUAAAACACUGGUGCUGUAGGUGAUUUUUUGCUGGCUGCUUCUUGGUAUAUUGAUCAUAAAUAUUUGUUUUUUGUUAGACCCCUACAGUAAAGUUGAGAAAGUUACCAAUUAACAAUGAUUUGGAACAUAAACUGUGGGAGUAUUUUAAGUACACAUAACCUUGAAAAGCACAGUAACCCGAGAUGCAACCAAUAAUGUAAUACCCAGUCUAAAGACCAGCUUACAAAGUGUUACGUGUAGAAGUUGAUCCGUGUGUCUUGUAGUUAUGGUAAGGGAUUUGCUGUCUGUGUUACUAGCUUUGUCUUGCUUGCAAGAAUAUACUGUUACAGUCGAUCUUAAACACAGUUAGCUAAAGACUAGUUUAAGGCAAUGCAAUUUGAAAAUGUACAGUAAAAAGGUUAUCUAACGUACAGUAAAAGGUAAAAUCCUUCCUGGGUAGAGUUACAGUGUUGUAAAAGUGUUCAAGCUGGACACAUUGGGUGUAGCUCACUAGCUGUAGGAGUCAUUGUGUACAGUGGGUAGGGGUUUGCCAAUGCAGGUAUCAGUACUCGUAAUUGCCUUUAAGAAGUAUUCACGAAAGCACUGCAGUAAAAUUGUCAGACCCGGAUGAGAGGAAAAUGUAAAUCAGCGCCUUAAUGAUUGGAUGUAUUUAAUUCCUGCAGAUAAAUACUUCUUAAAGGCAAUCACGAGUGUAAGCAUCAGCACACCCCUAUUACCGGGCAUAGAAAAUUUGCCAGUAAUUUCAUAGGACUAUGUACGUAUGGGCAGAGAUGCACUUCCACAUAUCCCUCGAGUCAUACUCUAUAGCUAUGUGUCACAACAGUUUUCAUCACAAUGGGAAACGUAGUUAUCUAGGUCUAGCUUAUUCUGAUACUCAUAACAAUCAAGCUGUACUUUCGUUAAAGUACAUUUUUUAUUCAGAUUUUAUUUUUAAAUAUGUGUGGGUUUAGUCCAUUGAAAGGCAAGCACUCAUUCACCGGGACACCCUAAUAUUCACAGGAGCAUCCUGACAGAUCGUUAUCAUUAACAAAUUUGACCUACGGGCACCUCCACUUUACCCCUGACGCUGUAGAAAUGUACCCCACAUAGGAGAUACUAAAUAGAAGUGUAGCUCAAAAUAAUGUAAUGUCAUCUUCUUGGUAAUGCUGAAAGCUUUUUAAUUGUCAUACGCCUUUUGUUGGGGCAUAUAGUAAUAUGAUUUUUUUUAUGAAUUACUUUAAGUAGGUUUUUAUGUAUUUAUUUUUUAAAAAAAAGGUCCUCCCAUACAAAGCCAGAUACAGAUAGAACCACAUAGUCCUGUUUUUUUUUUUUUUUAUCGGUAAUUGUGUAUGGAUGAACAAAACCUUCAAACCGUUGUGUUUCAGAGACAACCGGAUCUGUUUCUGGCCCUUGUGAUGACAGGCUGUCUUUCGGACAGUGGUGUUCUUCCCAGUUGUUAUGGGACUUUCUGUGACACCCUGGUGGAGGGACAGGUUUUCAGUGCACCUUUAGGGAUGAGGUUUAUUGUUUUAGAGUUUUGAUAUAAUAUAACUUAGGGUUAUUAUGAAAGUUAUUAAUGGACUGCAGAGCACAACAAAACAACAGAGAUAUUAAUAAUCCGGCUUAGAUCCGGUAAUAUUAUUCCUACAGUCAAUGGAGAGUUUUGUUUUAACUAGUUUAACUACGCUAUUUCUGAAUGUUAGUGUUAUUUUUCCAUUGCUUGAGUUGGUCUGAAUUUGGCAAAAUCAUUAAGCUCUUUAAAGGAGCUUAUUUUCAAAGCUUGGUAAUUUAUGUGGAGCAAAUGUCUGUCAAUAAAGCAAAUCAUAUUUUUGUUCAGCUUCACUUAAUUAAGAUAAGCAUGAUAUGCAUGUCAUAUAAAAUACAGGAGUGGAGUAGAUUUACUCAAAAUCAUCUUUCCCAGUUUUGUAAAAUGUCCCCCUCAGUGUAAAUGGUACAGUUUAGUUUAUUGCAGUUAAUGUACACAUUUACAGAUCUAUUAGUCACAGUGUGAAGGAACACAAAGACCUAGAUUAUUGUAAAACCUGAGCUCUAAAGGGGAAAUUAUGACCAAGAUUCAAUCUAAACGCAGAAGUACUCAGACUAAUACUACAAAAAUAAAUAAAUAAAAAUACACGUUUACCCAAUACUUGUGUUACCACUGUGCUCCCUCUUAGAGCUGUUCUGUGAUAAUUAAUGUGUGCGCACCAUAAGGCUGCAGUAUGGCUGUUUUAAAAUUACGGUGAACGGCAUCAAGAUUCUGUUGUCAUAACCCAGAAGGAAUGCCAAACUUUUUGACAAAACAAAAUCUUUCAGUGAAGACAGAAUUCUAAAGGUAAAUUCUUAUUUAACCAGUACAGUGCAACUGUAGAACAUUUUCAUAACAGCAAUAGCUGGAUUUUUUCAGCUGCUUUCCUAGACCACCUAGAUUACCUAAUGUUACCUUGGUUAAUGCAGUCAGGGUAAUAUACCUUGGCUAAUGUAGUCCAGGGUUAGUGUGGACCAGGAUCUAGGAAACCAGCUGAUUGUGUUUUCACAGAACUAACAUUUUUAAAUUAGGUUGCUGUUGAAACAAAAAUCUGUGAAGCACUUUAAAGAAGGAAAUGUAUGGAACAAACCUGCUGAAUUUGUGUAACUGUUUCUCUGAUAAUGCUCAACCAGAACAAACUAGAAGUAUGCUAAUCUGGCCUUAAUGGGCUAAACUUAAUGUACUCUGACUUCUUCCAUAGUGGGAACUUGACCUCUAACCUCUGUUUUAUGCAUAUUGAGCUGCUAGAGUAACCUUGCACAUUGCAGUAUGUAAAUUAAAGAAAUAACACUGUGGGUCCAGGCUUAACUGUUGCUGGUAAGCUAGCUCAGUCGGAUGUCAUUUCAUCAGUUGUUGCUAGACCGCUAUCAUUAACAAAGCCUCAUGCACCUAACUCAGGGGUGGGCAAUUCCAGUCCUGGAGGGCCGAUGUCCAACUGCCCUAAAUUACUUAAUUGCACCAAUUAAGUGCUUAUUAGAAGCUUAAUUGUUCCAUUGGAACAAACCUCAGGAGGGACACCUGCCCUCCAGGACCAGAUUUGCCCACCCCUGACUUAAGUGAUGCGUUCUGCAGGCAACAACCUUAAGGUUCUCACAGUGCUUGCUGUGUGACCCAGAUCUAUGUGUUCAUGUGUUUCUACUGUUUUUUUUUAUUGUGUUUUUGCUUUACAGCAACUGCCUACCCCUCCUCGGUGUAUAGAUGUUAAUGUUUUUAGUACUGAUCAAAGUACUGAACAUUGGACCUGCUUAUGGCUUUUUUGAACUUGAUUAAAUUCAGCUAUAAGGCUC